ACACUCAAACAAAUGGCGCUCAAACUGGAACUUAAACAUCUUUCUUUCAAGGUUGCGAAAAUGAUCGGUGCACCACCAGGCUACAUUGGACAUGAUCAAGGUGGACAAUUGACAAAGAAACUCAAGGAGUGUCCAAAUGCUGUAGUGUUAUUUGACGAGGUGGAUAAGGCCCACCCGGACGUUUUAACAGUCAUGCUCCAAUUGUUUGACGAGGGUCGUUUGACGGACGGACAAGGGAAGACGAUUGUAUGUAAAGACGCAAUUUUUGUGAUGACUUCAAACCUUGCAAGUGAUGAAAUAGCAAAUCACGCAUUGGAGCUGAGAAGAGAAGCAAAACUAGCUGCUGAGCAAAGACAAGAAGGUGAUGAAGUCAGCGAAAAGGUUACUAUAUCAAGAAAUUUUAAAGAAAGAGUGGUCCAGCCUAUUCUGAAGCUUCACUUCAGACGAGACGAAUUCCUGGGUCGUAUCAACGAGAUGGUUUACUUCCUGCCAUUUUCACGCCCAGAGCUUUUAAGCUUAGUGACGAAAGAGCUGGAUUUCUGGUCAAAAAUGGCGUUGAAUCGACACGAUAUCCACAUGACUUGGGAUAAAGAAGUCUUGGAUGUACUGGCUGAUGGCUACGACGUACAUUACGGAGCGAGAUCGAUAAAACACGAAGUUGAAAGAAGAGUUGUCAAUCAACUUGCUGCUGCGCAUGAGCGAGAGCUGAUAAGUCCCGGAUGCUCCCUGCACUUAACAGUGAGCUACCCCAAAGAUAAAAAUAGACGGAACUCAGAGGAAGUAGCACCUACCAUCAAACUGCAACUCAUUAAGGAAGGAAAAAAGAAAGUCGACAUUGAUGUUGGAAACUAUUUUGUUCCUGACGAUAAACUGUUCUUUUGAAGAAGAGAAAGCAAGCAACAAACGAACCGGAAACGGAAAUGAAUUUGAAUGGGUAGUCAGCAGUGAGGAUUCAAGACCGAGUAAAGAUCUUUUUACCAUUCCAGUCUUACGGACAUGGAUAAGUUGUUGUUCAAAGGCUCACUCGCUGACACAAACAGAAUAAGUGGUUCUCGCACACCAAAAACAAGAUUUUCUUAGAACGUUCAUGGAGAGCAUGUUGGCUGAAUUGUAGUUCACAGCCUCUCGAUGGUUAUUGUGUGAUCGAAGGAAGACUGACAUGUGUAGAUACUGUUCUGGUGAAGCCUAUUUUAGAAAUGUAAAUAUUGGUAAAGAAAUACAACAGGGCCAGGAUUGGAACGAACUCAAAGGGCGCAAAAAAUAAAAAAAAGCAACUGUUCCAUGGAAAAAAAAAACUCUUAGUACUGGAUGACUUCCAGGUGCAUCCAAAAUUUCAAAUAAUGGAGAAAAUAUAGAAACCAACAAUUUAUUAAGUAGUUGCAUUCAUCAUUAUAGUGUAUUCUGGUGAUCCAGGUCUCACUACCCCUCCCCUCUCCUCCCUCCCCACUCCCCUCCCCAUACAUACUAAAUUCCAAUCAUCAUUGCCAAUUGCGGUUGCCUUUGUAUCAGGUUUUUACUAGGGUCUUGCUAUGGUUUUUUUAUAUCAAAGCUAAAACUAUUCCUGAAACUUAUUUAACUCAUUGUAACUUAGCAAACACAAAGUGAAUAUAACCAAAAACAUUUUUGUGCUGGAAACAUUCCAAACUGAGGAUACAAUUCGAAUCCAAGAGGAACCAUCACAGCUGUACCUCGUGUCUUUAUCCUCCUCCUGAAUCAUUUCAUAUUAUGACAUAUUCUUUUCCGUGUUCCCACUGUACUAGCAAAAUCCUCUAUAACGUAUUAACUCAAUAUGUCUUUUAAAAAACGCUGAAACUGAGAGGAAACCAACAAUAAAAACGAAGUAAAACGUCA